UAGUUUUUUUUUGGGUUUUUUUUCGCGAGAUCCAGUUUGACAUCCGUCUCCGAUUACGUGAUUUUUCAUCAACCGAUUGUUUGUUUUUUUAGGAUUGACCACACAAUCGCAUUGAUCGAUUGACCGAAUUUUAACUUAAUCACGCGGUUUAACUCACGCGUGUGAAUUAACUCAAGUCACUAGAUAGAUAGACAGCGAGAGAUCGCGAUUCUAUUUGAUUUUUCGCGGAACCGAUCGGUCCCGAAUUUCGAUUGAUUUGUCCGAUAUUAAAAAUCGAGAAUUGAUCCUCCGUGAUAUCUCUCUCCGGUCGCGUUCCCUCUCUCCGAUGUGUGUUGCGGUUUGAGUCCCGCGCGCCCCUAGGCACGGUCUAUAUAUUUUAAUGUCUAUGGGCGAUACUGACGCCCAUUUCGCCAAUUCCACACCAUUGACCGUCAAUUUCAUAUGUUCCGUAUGUAGGUUAAUUUCCCUGUUUGGAAAGUUUUGAAUGUGAGUUUGACACAUCCAGGAUGGCAGGAGUAUUUGACAUCGAGCUGCACGACGGGGAUGCCACAACUCAGGACGAAUCGGACGACGAUGUGAUAGAGAGUAGAGAGGUAGAGGAAUAUAAUCACGCGGCAACAGUGAGUGCUAUACUGGAGUCCGAUAAUCUGGAAAGAGUUCAAUUGUCGGAGCAAAAUGUUAAUCCUGGUCAGGAAAAGGCUGGUCCGCAAGAUUUCGAAUUGUGCAAAAUUUUGGGAGAAGGUGGCUACGGGAAGGUUUUCCAAGUGAGAAAGGUUACCGGAAAGGACAAGGGCAAUAUAUUCGCCAUGAAAGUAUUGCGCAAAGCGUCUAUCAUACGAAAUCAGAAAGAUACCGCACACACAAAAGCUGAGAGAAAUAUUCUGGAAGCUGUCAAACAUCCGUUUAUCGUGAACCUAAUGUAUGCUUUUCAAACCGGUGGCAAAUUGUAUCUGAUAUUGGAGUAUCUGUGCGGCGGAGAACUUUUCACAUAUCUGGACAGAGAAGGCAUCUUCUUGGAGGACAUGGCUUGUUUUUAUCUGUCCGAGAUCAUAUUGGCGUUGCAACAUUUGCACAAUCAAGGAAUUAUAUACAGAGAUUUGAAACCGGAGAAUAUUCUUCUGGACGCUGAAGGUCAUGUUAAAUUGACGGACUUUGGUCUUUGCAAAGAGCAUAUACAGGAAGGCACGGUGACGCACACAUUCUGUGGAACAAUAGAGUACAUGGCGCCGGAAAUACUCACCAGGAGCGGUCAUGGAAAAGCUGUGGAUUGGUGGAGUUUGGGCGCUCUGAUGUUUGAUAUGCUUACAGGUAUGCCGCCGUUUACCGGCGACGACAGACGAAAAACCAUCGAAAAGAUAUUGCGGGGAAAAUUGAGUCUUCCGCAAUAUCUGACCCCGGAUGCUCGCGAUCUCAUACGAAAGCUCUUGAAGAGACAAGUUGUUCAGAGAUUGGGAUCAGGUCCGGAAGAUGCCGAGCAAAUCAAGAAUCACAACUUCUUCAAACAUAUUAAUUGGCAGGAUGUAAUUGCACGCAAGUUGGAUCCCCCGUUCAAGCCGUCUCUGAAGAGCGCUGACGAUACGUCGCAGUUUGACGAACAGUUCACGGCCACCGUGCCGGUCGAUUCCCCAGUUGAGAGCACUCUCAGCGAAUCGGCGAACAUGAUAUUUCAGGGCUUUACGUACGUAGCGCCGAGUGUUCUGGAAGAGAUGUACGCGCAGCCUAAAGUUGUGAACGCCAGAAGCCCGCGUAGAGGACUGCUGAACAAUACAGGUUUUGGCGCGGCGACGGGCAUGCAUAGCUUUUCGCCCAGAUCGAUGGACGCUCAUCUGCGCCCGUCGGUAGACUUCCAACAGCAACACAGACAACAUACAGCGGCGUCAAACAGUAUAGAAGAUGCCGAAAUGGUAGAUCUUGGACAACUACCAAAUCGUUUAUAGUGCUCAGGCACGUUGCGCACAAACUAUUAGCUUUCUUAUGGAAAAAAAAAAUUUAGGAGAAACGACGGAAAAUAAUAGCUCGUAAACCUGUUUGUUCGCCGAAUUGCGUUUGUUGUUUACAUGUUAACGACGACGCAACGCGCGAACAAAGUUACCUUUAGCAAAUUCAAUAUAUAUAUUGCAUAAAAAAGUAAAAAGUAAACGCAGAGAGAUAGGGAGGAGAGAGAGAGAGAGGGCAAACGAUCUCCUCGCGAUCGUUCGCGUUAUGCGACCUUAUUUAUAAGCUUCUGACAAUUUCAGAACGGUUACAAGUUUGUUUACACAAAAUGUAAACAGCAUAAAAUAGAGUAUGUUUUUUCUCGCUAUGUAAAUAUGUGUGUGUGAAUGAUUUGAGAGCAAGUAUAUAUAAAUCUAGCAAAAAUCUGUGGCAUUAACGUUUAAAGUAUAUAUACUUGCGAAAUAUAUACAGUUGAAAAUCUGGAGAUCCUAUAUCACACAUAAUAGCAAUACAAUUGUCACAUACACAUACACACACUUAUAUCGCUGAUUGUAGUUUAAUUCUAGACUUCCUUUCUCAACAGUUCACACAAAUUGAUACGAAGUGACGCAUGCUUUCAAAAAGUAUUAGAGAAAGAGAGAGAGAGUGAGAGAGAGAGAGAGAAGAAAAGUUACAAAGACUUUUUGUUUUUUUGUCAUUUUUAAAACACACAUUUACAAUGUAAUAGCAUUUAAAAUAGUUUUUAAAGGAUCGCACACAUGAGACAAUUUGUCCUGUAACAACUUCUUUUAAAUGCUUUAAAAAUUCUAUGAUUUUCUUUCUUUAUGAAGUAAAAUGUGCUACUUCACAGACGAUUACUUAGUACUUUUCGAACGUUUCUUCAAACAAUACUCUCGUUUCUUUACGCAAUAAGUGUCGAAGUAUAUAUGUAUAUAAGAGAUACGCUCUCUACGUACGGUAGAGAUUCUGGUAGAAGAGAAAACACAUUACAGUAUGAUUUCGUGUCCUGGAUGUUUUGAUGAACCAUCAUGCUUGCGCGUAAAUGAGAUGACAAAAUCUUUGCGCAUCAAAGAAGCACAUACAUUAGAGCAAAAUUGUCUCGCAUUUUGUUAUUAUUUAUGUGAUUUUAUUGAAAAUUUAUAUAUAUAUAUAUAUAUAUUAAAGAAAUAUAUAUAUAUAUAUAUAUAUAAAACCAAUAAAAAGAAUCAGAUUAUAGAAAACUAUGUAUGUAGGAUAAAGGUUUUUUUUCGAUUUUAUAUAGUUUAUAUUUAUUUAAGAGUUUAUAAAAAAAAAAUAACGAUGUUUGUUAAUUUAAAUCGACAAAACACAAUGUUUUUGUACAUUUCAAAAUUGUUUUCUGUUUACUGGAAGUACUCGUUGCUAUAUGCUCAUUUUUAACGGUAUUUACAGAAAAUGUGUUUUGGUUGCAAUAUAUAUAUAGAGUGUCAGAAUUUUUUAAAUCGUUUCUUGCGCGCUCAUUUUUUGUUCAGAUUGACUCCAUCUAUCUGCACACUUUCUAAAAAAGUUUUUUAGACAUCCUGUACAUACAUGGAGUGUAUUCUCUUUUUAUCUAUAUACGUCGAAUCUUGUUGCUAAAAUGUAAUUGAACUUAAUGAAGUAAUUGUACAUAUAGCUGUCCAAUCCAAUUUAACUUUCUAAAGUUAAUAGAAUCGUUAUCGUACAGUUUUUUGAAAAUACAAAUCCACAUUUGUAAGAAACGAUCACACGCAAAUUUCAAAGUGCCCAAGUGUUCAAAGCCAUUCUGUGGCUACUACAUUAUGUAUAAUAAUAACAGUCAUACGUUAAUAUACAUAAAAUAAUGUAUAAUGCAAGAAUGGAUUGUUACUAGCUAAUUAUGUUACACAAAAACAAAUAGAAAAAAAAAAAAAAAAAAAAAAAAAAAA